AUGGCGGACGACGCCGUCGCCGGAGCGGCCGUUCACUGCGCACUAUGGCCGGCGACGGCCCCCCUGCCUGCUUCUAGGAGGCAGCAGCAGCAGCUCGACGACGCCGGCUGCGGCAGCAGCAGCGACGACCACUACUACCAGCAGGACGUGAUCAUGCUGAGGCGGACGAGGAGCGGCCGGGCGUUCCCGCCGCCGAUCUCCGUGAUCGGCAAGGGCGGGCGGCCGUGGCUCCGCCUGCGGGCGCACCGCGAGGGUGGACGCCUCGUGCUGCGGGAGAUGCGCCUGCCGUCGCAGGAGCUGCCGCUGCAGCCAUGCAAGGAGGACGGCAGGUUCAAGCUCCUCAUCCACCCGGAGGCCCGCGCGCGGCCGUGCAGUGUGGGGGCGGCACCGCAGGAACGGCAAGGGAAGGAUGAGCGGUGCUCUUGA